AGUAUAUAAGUCCUAGAGAAUACAGUUAUUGCUAAGAGACUUAGCACCAAAUUCAAAGACUUAUAUCAAAUACUAAUUCAGUUACCCAGUAUGGCAUCUUGGAAGAAGACCAUCACAUCCCCAUUCAAAAAAGCUUGCACUUUCUUUAACCAGCAACCACCAAGGGACGAUAAGAAGUCUCAAACAGCAGAGCAAGAGAACCGUGUAAUGGAUCUGCAUGGUGAAGUUAUGGCAUGCGGUUAUGAAGAUGUUCAAGUUAUGUGGUCUAUCCUUGAUAAGUCCAAAUCCACAUCCUGCAAUAUAACUACUACAUAACUUGAGCCAACUCUUUCCAUUUACCAAGCAAACAGUAAAAAAAAAAAAAAGGUCUAAUGAAACAAUUAGCAUAUGUUUUUGUAUGCUAAUGUUGGUCAUGAUUGCAUCAUACUAGCUUGUUUUAGCUAUCUGACUAGCUUUUGAAUCUGGUAUGAAUGUAAUUCUCAUUGUAGAAAAUGAAAAAUGAAAAAUGAAAAAAAAAAACAAAAAGGAUAUGUAGGUGUUUGAUAGGUUUGAAUCAGUUCCUCUUUUACUUUGAUGAUGGUGGUGGCAGUUUCACUUUGUAAUUUUUGCAAGUCAAGGUGUUAUAUCAAUAGGGAAUCCCCAUGAU